GGUCGCCCUUGCUUGGAUUGGAUUGAAUAAAAAUAACCUCAAUUGUUACCGGAGACCGGAGUGCGGUAACGAUAAUUACGUUUUUAUACUUAAGUAGUAAUAGAUAUAAUAUUAGUGAUACAUUUAAUGUUUUAAUCGUAAAUAAACCACGAUAAUUAUGACAAAUCCAAAUGCCGGAGUUUGCGCUAUUAAAAAGGAAUUUAUUGUUGAAAAAUCUGACAGAAUUGGGAAUACUGAAGAAGGUUCAACUGUUUCAAAACGAAAACUAAAUAAGGAUGAUGAAAUUGACCUAGAAAAUAAUGAAGAUGCUAAUAAGAAAACAAAGUCUGAUCAUAGCGAGGAACCUCGAACAAAGAACAAAAAGAGAGGGCAAAACAAAGCCAGACCAAAAACAUUUCAAGAUAGCAAAGAAAAUAAACCCUGUCCCAGCAUUGUGGACAUCGCAUCUAGUGAAGAGUCGAAACUCUGCCACUAUAAUAACUGCAAGUUCAUACACAAUCCCAUUGAAUAUUUAAAGAAUAAACCCAAAGACAUUGGAGAACUAUGUCAUGUAUACAACAAGAGAGGCAGAUGCCCUAGAGGGAUCGCUUGUAGAUUCGGAUCAAAGCAUAUCACACCAGAAGGAUACAACAAAAUUAAUGAAGAAAAAUUCAAGGAAUGGAGAGAUGAUGUUCGAAAUUCCAUUCAACCUUCACUUCAAACUUCAUUACAAAAGAGAAAAUAUGAUCUUAGUUUUGCAGAGAAACUAGUAAAACUAAUGGAUAUGAGAAAUAAACCUACAACUCAAGAAUCAGACCACGCAACAGAACCUUUUAAAGCAUAUGACAAGUUGGAAGAAAAUGUUGGGAAUUCUGGAACUAUUACUGAUGAAGAUAUAAUAAAACUACUGCCUAGAGAGAAAAAAACUAUUGAUUGGAAAGACAAGUUAUAUCUCAGCCCACUUACCACUGUAGGAAAUCUUCCAUUCAGAAGAAUAUGUAAACAAUAUGGUGCUGACAUUACUUGUGGGGAAAUGUCCCUGUGCGAGUCACUGCUUAAAGGAACAAAGCAAGAAUGGGCUCUAGUCAAAAGGCAUGAAUCAGAGGAUUUAUUUGGAGCACAAAUAUGUGGAAACAAUGUUUACAUGAUCACAAAGGUGGCCCAGCUGUUGCAAGAAAAUACAGAACUUGACUUCAUAGAUUUAAACCUUGGGUGUCCCAUUGACUUAAUUUACAAAAAAGGUGGAGGUAGUGGCAUGAUGCAUCGGACAUCUUCAUUACAAGCUUCUGUAUUAUGUGCUUCAAAACUGCUAAGCAUACCAUUUACUGUCAAAAUGAGGACUGGUGUAUACCAAGAUAAGAAAAUUGCCCAUACUGUAAUACCAAAAGUAGUUGAAGCAGGAGCAUCACUAAUUACAUUGCAUGGCAGAUCCAGAGAAGCCAGGUAUACUCGGUCCGCAGACUGGGAGUAUAUUGAAACUUGUGCAAAAACUGCAGCUCCUUGUCCAGUCUAUGGAAAUGGUGACAUUUUGUGUUAUGAUGAUUAUGUAAAAAAAAGAGAAAUAGCACCAACUAUUCAAGGAGUAAUGAUUGGUCGUGGGGCUCUUAUCAAGCCCUGGAUAUUUACUGAGAUAAAAGAACAAAAGUUAUGGGAUAUCAGUAGUUCAGAAAGGUUUGAUAUCCUCAGAAAGUAUACUAACUAUGGUUUGGAGCACUGGGGUUCUGAUAUGCAAGGUGUUGAAAAUACACGCAGAUUUUUACUAGAGUGGUUAUCAUUUCUUUACCGCUAUGUCCCAGUGGGUUUGCUGGAAAGACCCCCACAGAAGAUUAAUGAGAGACCACCAACUUACUUUGGUAGAAAUGAUUUGGAAACACUCAUGGCUUCAGGCAACUGUACAGAUUGGAUAAAAAUUAGUGAAAUGUUGUUAGGACCUGUACCUGAUGGAUUUGUUUUUCUACCAAAGCAUAAGGCAAAUUCUUACUAAGAUGACUUUUAUUUAUACAUAUGUAGAUUUAUGUACAUAAUGUUAAUCUGUUAAUAAAAUUUGAAGCCCA